AAAAACCACACAUCCUAAAGUAACUAAACCCCCUAGACCUAAAGCUACAACUCUUUGUUUUUCUCUCUCUCCCUAAAACAGAAUCGAAACUCAUAAAAAAUGCCUGCGAAUCCACAAAAAUCAUCUCUUCUCCUCCACAGAAUCAACUAUGCCACCACCACUAACACCAGCACUUGCCACAAACAAUCCCAACAACAGCAGCCCACCACUCUCCUGAGGCGGAACCCUCUAACGUGCACCACCCCCGUCCCAGACUCCGUCGGUCGCUACCACAUCCACACCGUCAGCCCCAACCAGUGCUGCUCCGCCGUCGUCCAACAAAUCGCCGCCCCUCUCUCCACCGUGUGGCCCGUCGUCCGCCGCUUCGACAACCCACAAGCCUACAAGCACUUCGUCAAAAGUUGCCACGUCAUUUUCGGUGAAGGCGAUGUCGGCACCCUCCGCGAGAUACAUGUUAUCUCCGGCCUUCCGGCGGGUCACAGCACCGAGCGGCUCGAGAUUCUCGACGACGAGCGCCAUGUCAUCAGUUUCAGCGUUGUCGGCGGCGAUCACCGCCUCGCCAACUACCGAUCGGUGACGACUCUUCAUCCGACACCGGCCGGCGAUGGGACCGUCGUGGUCGAAUCGUACGUCGUCGACAUACCGCCAGGAAACACGAAGGAGGACGCUUUCGCAUUCAUUGACACCAUCGUCCGAUGCAACCUCCAAUCGCUAGCUCAGAUCGCCGACAACUCGGGGAGACGAAACUCUUUAUGAGUAUAGAAAUAAAAAGAAUCAAUCAAAACAUGAAUUUGUCAUUGUAUAUGAUGUGGGUUUGGACUCGUCGGGUUUCAAUGUUUUGAAGUUGUUCGUUAGUUCUGAAAGUGGCCUGACCGGAGGGGCAUGUUUUGAGGCUUUACCAUCACCGCCGGCUUAUAAAUUUAUUCAUAAUUUUAUUUUGUUGAUCUUUUGUACUUAUCAAACAAUAAUGACAUACACCCAUUUCUGAAA